AUCGUUUUUUUUUAUUUCCCCCCAUUUAUAUUUGGGUCUCAAACGAGGAUUGAAGCCUUGGGGUUGUGUUUUUUCUCGAGAGGUAUUCGAAGAUUUGGGUAUUUGGUUUGACCUUUUAGUUUGCGAUCAAUGGCGAGUUGUAUCGGGAUGAUGGGUGGGAAGGGUUGUUCCUCGUGGAUGCAAGUUAAGGAAAAGGGGAAGAAGAUGAAGACGGGGAACAGAGUUAGAGUUUGUUGUUCUUAUUCUUCUUCGGUUAUGGAUCCUUACAAAACUCUCCGGAUCCAACCCGGAGCCUCUGAAUCUGAGGUCAAAAAGGCCUUCAGGCAACUUGCCCUUCAGUAUCACCCGGACGUUUGCAGAGGAAACAAUUGUGGGGUCCAGUUCCAAACGAUCAAUGCAGCUUAUGAUAUAGUGAUGAGUCAAGUGAGAGGGGAAACGAAGGCGACAGAAACGUUGGAAGAAGAAAUAGACGAGGCGAUGAGGGGAAUGGAGGAAUCAGAUUGGGAUUUGUGGGAAGAAUGGAUGGGAUGGGAAGGAGCUGGAAUUCGUGAUUAUUCUUCCCAUGUUAAUCCUUACAUUUGAUCAACACAGCACUGUAAUAUUAUUCCCCUCGGGCUAUAACAUCAAACCGCAAAUAGCCUCCUUUGUAUAUACAAAUCAUUCCAAUUGUUCAUGGGGGAAAAAAAGCUUGACAAGAUAAAUAAAUAAAACUCUUUCGUCUUCAAUUUA